GAAACUCUCCCCGCGGACGACGUUCUCAUGUACCUACAGAGUGUUCUUGCCUCUGUGUCUCCCAACACGAUACCUGAAGUACCAGCAGACACCAAGACUGAUGAAGAAGAUCCACCGACCCCAACUGAACUCUCGCUACAGGUUGGUAAUGCUAUCCAACCAAACUUGUCUGCCUACCUUUUUUAUGGACAUAAUUUCCCUUCCCUGGUUUAA